UAAUGCAGCAAUAUCAGUGCAACCAACAAACUGCCGCAAAACUUAGACGAUAUUUAUCAUAAAAUGUCUUGUAUCAUUAUUGAAAUGUCAAUUCGGAAUUCUUAUUAUUUGAAAACAAUUUGUAGUCAAUCGUUCUUUGAUAAUUUGUAAUUGUAAUUAUAAUAAAGAAUUUAAUUAAAAAUGGCUGAUGUAAGAUUACUUAUACAAGAAGAAGGUCGGGCAGCUAGAAAUUUGAUAGCUUUUAAUGUACCAGUUGGAACAAAUAAUACUGAGAAGAUCACUAAAAAACCUCCUAGUGUUCCAAGAGUAUCACAAGCAAAUACUUCUAAAAGAUCUAUGAAACCAACAAGUAGAGUAAGAUCGGCUUCCACGGGUCGAGAUAAAAAAUCUGAAUUACAGGCAAGAUAUUGGGCAUUUUUAUUUGGUAAUUUACAAAGAGCAGUAGAUGGUAUUUAUCAAACAUGCGAAGAAGAUGAAAAUAUUUCUGAAUGCAAAGAAGUAAUAUUAGUUUUAGAGAAUUAUACCAGAGAUUUUCAUAAUUUAAUUGAAUGGUUUAAAGUUAAGUGGGCUUAUGAAAAUUCACCUCCUCCUUUAAGACGCACUCCUUUAGCUUGGGAAGUUAGGAAAACUUCUCCUUGUCGAAUCUGGAAUUCAAUGAUUCCAAAAUCCAGUAGUCCUUUGCAAAGAAUGAGUCCUACUGAAUCAAUUUGUAGAAGUCCUAUUGAUCAGAUUAUUUCAGAAAAUAAAUCUGUUAUUGUAGACAAUAAAAUAAAUCAUGUAAAUUGUAAUAUAAAAGGAGAAUCAGUGCAUAAAUUGAUAAAAGAUAAUAAAAGUAAUAUUUCCAAGAAUAAUAUAACGAGUGAAAAAUAUAAAAAUGCAACUGAUAAAGGAGCAAUUCAGUCUUUGAAUAAAGAUAAAUUAACUUCAAUAAAAAUAAAUAAAACUUUUGUAAAACACACAGCUGUUAAAACAUGCAAUAAUAACAUUACAGACCAAAAAGCAAAUGAAAGUUCAUCUCGUGAUAUAAAAGGGAAAUUGGAUAAAGGUGCAUUAAAAACAGUUAAAACUGGAAUACAUUAUACUACCAUCAAAGUAACGGAUUCUGAUGUAAUAACUGAGAAGAAUGAGCAAAUAGUUUGUACUGAUAAGAAUGUACAAUUGAUUACUUGUACAUCAACAGAAAAAGAAUUUUCUAAAUCUAAUAAUAUAGAAAAUAAAUUGAAUUCUCAAAAUAAUUUUCAAGUAAAACCAUUAAGUCCUAAAAAUGACUUAGGAUUAGGAAAAAAUGAAAUUAAUGCUAAAGUUAAAAGACAAAGCACAGGAAAAAGUAUUAAAACUAUUGAUAUAGAAAAUGUAAUAACAGAAAAUAAAAUUACAGAAUCUAAUAAUGUGACAAAAGAAAAUAGUAAUAUUACAGUAAAUAAAAAUAUACAAAAUAUUACAAAAAUUUCUAAUAAAAUUAGUCAAAAAUUAAAAAGACAAUUAAAUGUUAAUGAUAAUACAAAUAAUAAAAAUGUAAUAAAAUCUAUAUCUGAUACAUCUUCCAAUAAUCCAAUUAAAAGUUCAAUUAAUACAAAUAAACCAGCAUAUUCUACUGUAUCACAAAUGAAAGUUAAACCAAAGCAAUCAAGUCUCUCAGAAACUCCAAAAUUUAUUAGAAGUAAAACAACAUUAAGUGAUAAAAAUACAUUAAUUUCAAAUAAAAUAAAACCUGGAACAUCUGUAAUAGUUAGACAACGAUUUCAAUCAAUUGAUAAUAAGAUUUCAGAACAAAGUUCAUUAAAAAAAGAUCAGAAUAGAGAUAUAAAUGGUUCAGUAGAAGUAUUAACAAAACAAACAUAUAUUAAAACAAAAGAAGAAACUGAUGGUUGGCAAACGGUUCGUAGUCGUUGUAGAAGAGGUAGUACACAUAAUUUGAAUAUGUCUACAAGAUUUCACAAACCAAGUACUGCAACAUCAUUACCAGCGUUAUCAAUUGAAAGUCCGUCUGAAAAGAAUAAAAAAAAUUGUUUAACUCCAGAUAGAAAUAACAAACAGAAAAAAAAAUGUAUUGUAGAAAAAGAAGGAAAAAAUAUAUGUAAUGAGGUACAAAAAGUCAAAGGCGAAUCAGUUGUAAACCUUACCAUUAAAGAUAAGGUAGAAGAAGUUUUCAAGAAUACUGUUAAUUUAAAUGAAAUAAAUUCUACAUCAAUGAUUGCAGCUAUUUUUAAAAGUGAUGCAGAAUUACUUGAAAAGCGUAUACAACAAUUUAUGACUGCUCAAGCAGAAAGAGAGAGAAUAAUUUUAGAAGAAGAAAGAAAAACUGAAGAAGCCGAUUCACAACGAUCACAACAAUUAUCAGAUGAAGAAGCUUCUUUACAUAGACAAAUUUUAGAAUUAGAAUGUACUGAAACUGAUGUUGAUACUGAAACUGAUGAAACAGAUGGUGAAAUGAUACUUGAAACAGAAGAUGAGCAAAGAACAUCUCCUAAUACAAUGCCAGAUGAUGUUAGUUUAGAGGAUAGGUAUGAAAAUAUGUUAGAAGGAAUGUCUUGGGCAGAAUGCGUAGAUACACUUGCUCAGUUACGUGCAUUAGUUGCUCGUCAUCCUGGUAGAGCUUUAGAAUUGCAUCAGAAAUUAUCAUCUCCAUCACGAAAAAGAUCAUUACCUGAGACAUUACGAAGAUAUCAAGCAAAACAAGCUUGUGCACAACAUAAACGUCAAAAAUUAUUAAUGGAAAAAUCGCAAAGAUUGCGAGAAUUAUUAAAUAAAGUAAAAGAUGUUAAAAGUGCAAAGAACCAAUUAAUAGAAGAUAAGAGAAUCAGAAUGGAAAUGAAAUUAAAAAAAGCAGAAGAAAAUAGAACACAACAUUUAUUGGAAAUAGUUCGAAAAGCUCAUGAUGAAGAUUCUAAAUUAAAAGAAAUUGCAUUUAUUAAUGAACUUGAAGCACAAAAUAAGAGACAUGAUUUUAUGGCAUUAUGUCAAGAACAAGAAGAAAGAUUACAAGGAAUUCAAGAAGAGCGUCAACGCCGACAAGAAGAGAAAGCAGCUAAAGAAGCUGCAGCUGAAGAACGUAGACGGGCUUUGGAAGCAGAGCGACAAUUACGUAUUCAAAAAAUGAAACAAGCACGUCGUGAACGCGAUGAAAGAGUUGGUAAAAUGCAAUUGGAAAGAGAAAAAGAACGUCAGGAAUUAGCAAGAGAAAAAGCUAGAGAUAGAGAAGAACGCUUAUCAGCACUUCAUGCAGCACAGUUAGCAAAUCAAGAAGAAUUACAGAAGAAAAUAGCUCAAAAACAGCAAGAAUCAGCUAGAAGACACGUUGAAAAUAUAGAACAUAUUCGACAAAGAGCAGUUGAAUCUUCAAUUCUAAGAUCAGAAGAAGUUCCACCUACAUUGAAAUCAUAUCCUGCUCAAAAGCAAUGUUCUUUAUGUGGAACACUUAUACCAAAUGAAGUAUAUUUAUUAAGUCAUUUAAAAGGAAAAAUACAUCUUGAAGCAGUACGAAAUACACAUGAUGGCCGCGAACCAUCACGAGAUGAGUUACAACGGUUUAAUAUAUCUCAAAUUCGUGAUGUUCCAAUUUCAAUUAUUGAAAAUAAUAAUGCCAACGAAAUUAAAGCUUCAAAAGAAAAACAAAAAGCAUUAAAACGUCGAUGUAGAAAAAUGAAACAACGAAUGUCAUUACGUGGUAAAGAAUGGGAAGAUAAUCAUAGAACAGAUGUAAAUCAAUCUAUUGAAUCAAUUAAUAAAGCAAAGUUUCGUCGAAAUUUGAAAGAAUUGGAUCGAUUAUAUAACAACCAUUCUAAAACUGCUUGGUCAAGCGUUGCUAUUGCUGCUUUAGAACGUUGUCUAGGUGAAAUAACAAGAGCUUUUUCAAAAUCGUGUGCAUUCGAUCAAAAUGUAUUUCGAAUAUUAAAUGGAUUUGAUAUUUUGACUAAUUUAUUGAAUUUGGGAUUGCAAGUACAGAAUACUUCUCAUAAUUUACCAAAUAAAAGUAUCCUUUCGGUAUGCCGAGUAUUUAAAUUGAGUGUCAAUGAAAAUGACACUAACAUUGAAGCAGUUUUGUCAAGUAAUAAAAUCCUUAUUAUCUUGGAUCUUUUACUUCAGCAUUUAGAGAUAUUCGCAAAACUUGACGACCAGAUCCAGAUACAGGAGGUAUCCGGUAAUUCAACCGGAAAUGGAAUCGUAGCUAGCAGCCUGAUGCAAUUGCUAUGCAGUUUGGUCCCGGAGGAACCUUUUGAAAAAUCGGCAUUGCAAACACGAGUUCAGGAUAUUGCUGGAUAUUUGGUAGCAGGGGGAUUAAUAGAUCGAGUAUCUUGUCAUAGUCGAGCUUUGAUCGAGAGCGAUUUUUUUGUGGAGCAGGACCACGAAUCGCCAGUUUUAUUGUCCUCAUACGAUUUGCUAUUCCGCAUCUGCUGUCAUUUAAAGAAAUCAACGGAUCAAGAGACAGGAAUUAUUAAUGAGAGUAAUAAUAACGUUGAACAGACCAAUGUUGAAUCGCAUCUUCUCUCAACGUUAUCUUCGACUGAAGCUGCAGGUGCGAUUGGUGCACUCUACGCAGCAGUUGCACUCACGCCACAAAAUCAGAAAGGAUCUUCUCCUACUCCUAAUCAGACUAUGGUGUCACAGUCUACGAGGAUUCUGAUUGUUCGCAGUCUUAGGCUACUUAAAUCGAUCGCCGGAUUAAAUAUUCAAAAAUUACAGAAUCUCUUAGGAGCAGAAAGUACCAGCUUGCAAUGGCGACUAAUAACUAGUCAUGUGAUAACUCGAUUAUCACGAGAUCCAAUAUCGCACAAGCUGGAAAUUGGAUCAGCGCAGAACACUAGUAGUACUUACAUUCUGUCAGAACUAUUCCAGGUUCUAGGAUAUUUUGCAGUUAACAAUCCAGAAAAUCAGUUAAUACUUCAAUCGGCUGGGGCUGGUCCAAGCGUACUUCAACAAUUGUGCACUCUUCCAUUUCCAUUUUACGGAGCUCCAGGAUUAACAUCGUACAUUUUUCCAACGCUUUUGGCAGCUACGCACCAAAAUCCAGAGGCUACGGCGAUUCUUUCUUGCGAAUUAUCUUAUCAGCUACUGGAGGAAUACAGAAAUUCAGAUGAUGGUAAGCUGAAUACGUUAGUUCGUUUGCUGAAGGACUCGACUGGUCCAUAACUGUUCCAAUUAGGAUUCGAUUACUGCGCUUAAGUUUCUUUAAGUUUCUUCAUUAUACACGAUGAAUUUUAUGGACGUAAUUAACUGCAGAAUCAUUAUUUUUGUUCUAUUUGAAACAAAAGGUUCGAGUAACAAUUGGACGAAAAUUGUUGUUAGGUACGUCCAUCGUUGAAAAGCUAUUUCACGUGUAUCGAGGCUGGUACUCGACGCCGAUAUAUUGUGUAUAUUGAAUUAACUUCCAUUAUGCAUGGAAGAUAAUUCCGAAAAAUUAAAUUAGAUUGGCGAAAAAACUGAAAAUGAGAGCUAAAUUUUAUACUAUGAUUAAUUAUAUUUAAUAAUCAAUCAAUCGAAGAGUUUUUUGCAGAAAGUGAUAAUUGCAGAGAAAGUUAGUUCGAAUGCAUUUUUUUUCAUUCGAAACGCAUUCAUAUGUUGAAUCUGGAAUGACUAUUACAAUCUUGUAUAGGGAGUUAAUAAUGCUGCUAUGAUUGUCAAUUUAUAAAUUUUUUUUCACAUUGCAAAAAUAUCUUUAUGUUAAAAAAAUGAAAAUUUAAUUUUUUUUUAAUUAAUCAUAUUAUUUAUUAUUGAUAUUAUCGCUUGAAAGAAAUAGAUGUCAAUGUUUUUUCAAUUAGAUAUAAGAAUUUUAAUAUUAUUAUUUAUUGUUGACUAUAUUUGAGAAUUCUUAUUAUUGGAAAAAUUUUAAUUAUUGGAAUUUUGGACGUAAAUAUGCUAAUUAUUGAGAUAUAUGUUAAUAUAUCACAUGCAUUGAAAUUAUUUCUAAAUGUUUCUUCAUACUCAUAUUUUGAUAUAGUUUCUCUUUUACAUAUAUUCUCGUAAAAUAACUUCAUAAUAUAAUACGUAACUUAAAUUAUAUUUGAAAUAUAAUGAAAUAUUUGAGUAUGUUAAAAAUAAUCUUUCUUUCAUUACUAUUUCAAUUUAUUAUUAUGACAAAUUAUCUUCUACCAUUGAAAUUUAUUUUAAAGAAUUAUUGACAAUUUUAGCAGUACUUUAAUAAAUUAAUAUUAAAUAAAUUCCAACUUGUAUGAAAUUAAAUAAUAUAAGAAUAUUAAUGAAAAUGUUUGAAAAUACUUUUCUAUUCGCAAAAUAGAUAUGAUUUUUUCUCUAUGAUAAUUUAUUACGAGUUCUAGAUCUGUAAAUAAGAUAAGUAAAUGGUUUUGCACAUUGACUUUCUCAUUUUUUGUGAUAAAAAAAAAUAUUUUGAGAUGAUUUUUUUUUUCUAGUCGAUUGAAAUAUGACUUUCUAGUCUUAGAAUUGGUUUUAAGAACAUUAUUUACAAAUAAAAUAAUAUUUUAUACAGCUUUUUGUUUAAUUUCCUAAUCAUUUUUCUUUCUCAAUAUGAUUUCAUAAUAUAUUACUCGAUAAUAACAAUGAUAAAUAUUGAUUCUUAUUAUUUUUUUUCUUUCUACAAAUUUUUAAUAUAUAGUUCUGAAAUAUUUAUUUCGGUUGUUUCAUAACAUCAAGUAUCUCUAAACUGCAAGACGAUAAAAUUAUAAAAUUUAAAUAAUAUCUAUAUUUAUAUGUGUAUUUAAAAGUCGAUAUCUAUCAUACAAUUGAUAAAUAAUAGUAUUAAUUAUAUUAACAAUUUCUAAAAAAGAAUUGGUAUAAUAGUACUAGUUAUAUCAACUGUAUUUAUUGUAUAUUCUGUAAAAGUUUUAAGCUUGAAACAAAAAAGUAAAAUCUUAAAAUAUUUGUAAUUUAGCAAAUAAAUUAUAAUAUUACAAUAUAAAAAAUUGAAUUUUUCAUAUGCUCAAAUUGUAUAAAACAGAAUGUUAAAAAAUUAAUUUUUUUCUUAUUCUAUUAUAAAUUAUAUGAAAAAAAAGUAAAAAAAUAUUAAUUGUUGCGCAAUAGCUUAAAAUCUUAUGCUUACAAGCAUUUGAAAAAAUUUUUUUUGCAAAAUUUAUUUAAUUUAUAAAUUAUCAGAAAUAAUAUUUAAUCGUAUUUAAUCGUUAAAUAAUAUUUAAAAAAAGAAAAUGAUAUAAUAAAAAUUAUUGUAAUAGAAUUCUACGACUAAAAAUAUGAAAAAUGAAUGAGAAAAAUAUAUUAUGAGUUUAUAUUAAGACUUUUUAUUUAUAAAUUUUUUAAAAAAUUCUCUAUUUUUAUAAAAAAUAAAGUAAUUUUUGUAAAAUGAGCAUAUUAUAAACAUGUAUUGAUAAUUAUGAUUAAUAAUUAUAAUAAUUAAUUAUAAUAAUUAUAUAUUUAUUAAUUAUAAUAAUUAACUAUUAUAAUAAUAAUUAAAAUUUUCUUUUAAUAUGAAGAUAUUGAUUUUAUUUUCUACAAUGAUAAUUUUCUUAAAGAUUUAUGAAUGAAGAAAAGAAAAAAAUAAAAAAAAUGUAGAAUUGUUUUGGAAAUUUAUAUCUAGAACUUAUUAAUGAAUUUUUUUAUUUAAGAAAUUGAUUUUUAAAUUUCCUAUGAUAUUUUAUGAGUAGAAAUUGAAUCAUAAAGAAUUUAGAAGAAAUAAUUUUAGAAUUAGAUAAUAAUAAUAAAAAAGUUAAUUUAUUUCUGUAGAAAAACUCUUCGGUUCUCAUUUAAUUUCGUGAUGGACGCACGUAAAAAAAAAAAAACAAUUUUCAUGCAUGUUUCAAAUUUCAUCGUUGAUAUUACCAUUAUUAUUUAGUAGGUAAAUGACAUUAAUUGUACAAUUGCAAACUAGAAUUAUCUGUUAAACAGAUUUGUAUCACAAUUUCAAUGUAUGAUCAUUCACUAUUUGUCGAAGAUACAAAACUUAACAAGUCUGUUUUAUUUAAUAAAUGUAUUCAAUAAAAAAUUUUAAUUUUUAAAAAAUUCAAUUUAUUGAUAGCAAAAGCUCUCUUUGAAACUGUCUUUUUUUUUUUAGACAUAAUUGAUUAUUUAAAAAAUGAUGUUAAUUUUGAAAAUUCACAACUAUCUAUAUUUGAAAUUAUAAUUUCUAAAUGUAACAAAUACUUCAAAUAUAAUAAUUAAACUAAUAUAAAAAGAGAACUAACUAUAGCAAACUUUUCAUAAAAUAUUUCUCUAGAAUAAAAUAAUAUUGAUAAUUAAAUAAUAAAUAUAAGCACUUUUAUAUUAAUAUAAAAAAUAAAAAUUUUGGAUUUCAUUAAUCUCUUGUGAUUAUUAUAUAUUUGUGACUAUAACUAAAAUAAAUGUAAUACGUAUUUAUUAUAUUUAAAAGAAACGUUUCAAUAACGUUAAAAAUGUAUUUUUAUUUUCAAUUAUAGCUAUUUGUGCAUUUUUAUUCAAAUAUUACGAAUAUGUCAGUAGAAAAAUGGUAAAGAAAAAAAAGAAAAAAAAAAAGAAAACAAGAUUGAAACGGACUUGUUCUUUUUUGAAUCUAAUCCAAUCGCGAUUCGCAAGCUUUAUAUCUUUAAUUACGAUCAUAAUUAUAUUUAUACAUUUAAUAUAUAGUAUGUAUGUAUGUAUUCAUUUCCGCGUGCCAAUAAUACGUGCAAAUGAACGUGUCUUUUGAACGGGCCUUUCAAACAUUUUUAGCCAUCAUGUAAUAAUCGAAUUGCGAUUAUUUAGAAUUAGAAUAACUAUAUUUUUGUGCGUAUGUAAAACCACGUGAACCGUGUCGAAAUAAUGCUAAUUUUUCUUUUUUUUGUCAUGUAAAAAGCGGCAAAUACGGAAAUUAUUAAUAAUAUUUAAAAAAAAGCAGAAAAAACAUAAUAGAAAAAGAAAACAAAGAGAAUAUUUAUUUUAUUAUAAGGUUCAUUUAAUUUUGAUUUUUCUAUAUUUGACACAUUUUACAUUAUAGAAAUAUAAAAAUUUCUAUAUUUCUUAAGUGCACCUUAAGUGUCCUUCUGCUACAUCAUUUUUGUUCGAAUCGAAUUUUUCGUUUAUUAUAUGAUAAAGAUAUAUUUAUAAUGAUAUGUGACGAUGAUACUCAGUUUCUAACAAACUGUUGAUUAUCAGAAAAAUUAUAUACAUAUAGAUGAAUAUUCAUGCGAACAUAAUGAAUCAUUAUAAUUAAAAAUCGAUUUGAAGAAUUCAAAAAAUUUUUUAAUAAAGAAAAAUAUUAAAGAAAAAAUAUUCAGGAAAUUUUCUUGUAUCAUUAUUUAAUUAUAAUUAUAUUUUUUUAUAUUGCAAUAAUCAAGCAUAAUGUAUGCAAACAUUUAAUUAAAAUGGAUUAAUAAUAAAAACUCAUUAAGUUUAUUAAGAAGAUAAUUUUAAUUUAUGUUUAUCAAUAUCAUAUUCAGCGCUACAAUUUUAUUUUCUUUUACU